GUCUACACACACCCCUGUAAUACAUUAGCAAAUUAAAGCAAUUAAUUAAUUAAUUUGAGCAAUGCCGAUUUCAAGAAUCGCCAUCGGUUCGCCGGCGGAGGCCAGCCAGCCCGACGCCAUCAAGGCCGCCGUCGCCGAGUUCAUCUCCAUGCUCAUUUUCGUCUUCGCCGGAGAAGGCUCCGGCAUGGCUUUCGCGAAGCUGACGGACGGCGGCGCGACCACGCCGGCGGGGCUGGUGGCGGCGGCUGUGGCGCACGCGUUUGCCCUGUUCGUGGCGGUGGCGGUGGGGGCGAACAUCUCCGGCGGUCACGUGAACCCGGCGGUGACGUUCGGCGCCUUCGUCGGCGGCCACAUCUCGCUGUUCCGCAGCCUCCUCUACUGGGUGGCGCAGCUGCUGGGGUCGGUGGCGGCGUGCCUCCUCCUGAAGGUGGCGACCGGCGGGGAGGAGACGGCGGCGUUCGCGCUGUCGGCGGGGGUGUCGCCGUGGAACGCGGUGGUUUUCGAGGUGGUGAUGACGUUCGGGCUGGUGUACACGGUGUACGCCACGGCGGUGGACCCAAAAAAAGGCGACAUCGGGAUCAUUGCGCCGAUCGCGAUCGGGUUCAUAGUGGGGGCGAAUAUUCUGGCCGGCGGCGCGUUCGACGGCGCGUCGAUGAACCCGGCGGUGUCGUUCGGGCCGGCGGUGGUGAGCUGGACGUGGGGCAGCCACUGGGUGUAUUGGGUGGGACCGUUUGUGGGGGCCGGGAUUGCGGCGGUGGUGUACGAGCUGCUUUUUAUUGGGGGGCCGACUGGGCACGACCAGCUCCCCACGACGGAUUACAAUUAAUUAAUUAAUAUUAUAUUAUUAUAUGUAAUUAAUUUUAAUUAAGUGCUUUUAAAUUUGAAAAAGGGGGUGGGGGUGGGGUGGGGUGGGGUGGCGUGGGUGUUAAUUUGGUUGUGGUAUGUUCUUCCAGUCCAGUGUUUGUUUCUUGGUCUUUGUUUAGAAGGGUCUUUGUGUCAAAUUUGAAUUUGUAUCAAACAAAUUAUCUGCCCACUUCUACACUUUUCUCUCUCUAUGAUACAUUACCUACAAUAUAAACGUGGGGUACAUAAAAAAAUAAUAAUAAUAAAAGUGAGAGCAUUAUAAAAAAUUUAUUACAGAGUAUUAGGUUUACAAAGUAUUAGGUUGGGUCGGAAUUUAUCCGGUGUAUAU